AUGGCGCCCCAUCCGUGGCAGUCAUGUUUUGGUUUUCUUGUGUGAAUGUUUACGUGCUAUUCGUGUAAUUAUAGCUAAAAUAUAAGUUUUUACAGUGCAAUAAUUGUAUUACCAACAAAAUAUUAUGUGUGACAGUGUUAUACUAUUGGAAUUAUAAGGAUUACGUCUACUCAGUAUGUGCAUUUGACAGAUAGCUUGCGUCCCUGAAUUUCUCGUCAUUUGUAGAAAAUAUUUUGUUCGGUGCGUCGCAAGUUUUUCAAAACGAUGAAGCGAUAGUCGUGCGAAAAGAUGAGCGGCGUCGUGGGAGCGACAAUUGCAGGGCCGCAGCCCAACGUGGCCCGGCAAAAAUCGUCCCUUUGCAGGGAUGCCGUGCCUUCGGUGCACGGACGGUCCUGUGCCAAUUUGCAUCAAAGAACUAGACUAAGCAAUCACCAAAGGAACCUCAGUUUGGAUUUUAGGUCCAUGGGUAUCCUUCUACCUCCGGUAGCCCAAGUGACGGCCGCCCCCAGUCCCCACCUCACUCUCCAUCACCGCAACCGCAGCUUGGAUUCGGCGUUGCAGCGGAUACCGGAAGUGGACGUCACCCCCAGCCCGGAAGUGGAGAACGUGACCGGCGGCGGCGGCAUUCUGGCCGCGUCCGAACCGGCCUCGUCGAAAACCGUCCGGAACAGCGACGAACUGGCGAGCCUCGGUUCGGACGAUUCCGGCAUUUUGUGCGGGUCUGACAGCGGUUCGAGCGAUAGCCACGCGACGCGCGAAUCCAGCGUCGAUUACAUGUCGAACGAAAGUCGGGAAAGUCUCGAGCCGGACGCAAAACCGGCAGUGUCCCUACGGACUAGUACCCCGGAAUGCGGGGACGUGCCCAAAAGUUCCGGCAUGCUGAGACUUUUGGAAAGCAAAGUGUUUGACGUGUCCAUGGCGAUGCAUUAUAUUUUUAACAGUAAAGAACCCGGUGUCUUAAGUUACAUUGUCAACAAAAUGUUCUCAUUUGAGGAUCGGGAUGUGGACUUUUAUCUUCCGCAGCUUGUCUGCAUGUACAUACAAAUGCACGAUGUCGCAGAAGUGAUACAUCGAUAUUUAGUUCAUAGAUGCCGGAGGUCGAUAGAUUUCUCGUUAAAGUGCGCGUGGCUUUUGGAGGCUUACAGCUCCGACGCCUCGUUACCUUCCAAAAAGAAACCUCACGGAAUCAAACUGAGAAACUUGAUUCUCUCUGACGAGCUGCGUCCCAACCUGAAGAAACCCUCCAUCUGCACGAGCGAACGGCCGCCACCGGCGAUGCUCAGCGCUGCGCAACACCACUUGAAAAAGUCGCAUCAGCGAUCGCAGAGCGACGCUUCCGCCCUGUUGCCGGGUCUGAAGAAGAGCAGCACGUCCACGAAGCUGAGUCUGGGCGAUUUGAGCUCGGGCAAGGCGUUCGACAACGGUUGUCAAUGUUUUGAGAGCUGCCAGAGCGUGGUUAACGAACUGAGAGGCCAAAAGACUGAAUGCGCCUGCUCGGCCCCAAGACUGAGACCAGAACUGGAAUUCAUGCAGGCGCUUAUCCUCAUAGGAAAAUUAUUAAGUUCCAUACCGACUAAAGAAGCAAAAACUACUAGACUAGUCGCAGAACUGACCACUUUAAACCUUAAUUUACCAGCAAGAGUUUGGUUGCCAUUAAACAGUGACAGCCCACAUCUGAUAGUCAGAAUACCGCCCCAAGUUGCUGCUGUGCUUAAUUCUAAAGACAAGGCCCCGUACAUAAUCUACAUUGAAGUCGUCGAGGUGGACGACAUCUAUAGUAGCCCAGUGCCAACGAAAAUAAUGCCAACCUUGAGGCACACAAAAUCGGAGGAGAACCUCGGCGGACACGACAGCACGUCGUUGUCAGCUUUUAGCGUUUGUGGAGGGUGUUAUGACGAUAACGACCCUGAUUGGAGUCAGGAGGAUGACGAGAUAUCACAACAGUAUGCCCAGUUGAAAAAACCGAUCGACCGAGAUACAAUUUCGCAAAUGAGUCAAGAAUCCAGCGAUUCCCGGGAACCGCAAAUGUCAAUUCCAGCCAGCGAAAUUCGCAGGCGACUUUCAGACUUUUUCCAAGAAGAAAAGAGCAAAAAAUUUACCCAUGACCCCGAAGAUCCGUCUGCUGCUGUACUGAAAGAACCUUGGCAGGAAAAAGAACAAAGAAUAAGAGAAAGUUCUCCUUAUGGUUACCUAAACAACUGGAAAUUGCUAUCAGUGAUUGUAAAAUGCGGUGACGAUUUAAGACAGGAACUCAUGGCUUCCCAACUACUAAAGAUGUUCCAAAAAAUAUGGGAAAUGGAACAUGUGCCCCUUUGGAUUCAUCCUUACAAAAUUCUAUGUUUGUCCGAUGAUAGCGGUCUCAUAGAACCGAUUUUAAACACGGUAUCGCUGCACCAAGUCAAAAAACACUGUCAAUUAUCGUUACUUCAAUAUUUUGUAAAAGAAUACGGAUCGAUGACGUCAGAAGCCUUUUUGACUGCCCAGAAAAACUUUGUACAAAGCUGCGCGGCCUACUGCCUCAUAUGCUAUUUAAUUCAAGUAAAGGACAGGCACAAUGGUAAUAUCUUACUAAGAAGCGACGGUCAUUUAAUUCACAUAGAUUUCGGCUUUAUUUUAUCGACAUCGCCAAAAAAUUUGGGAUUCGAAAAAUCCCCGUUCAAAUUAACUCCCGAAUUUGUGGAGGUUAUGGGCGGUGAAGAGUCUGACAUGUUCGAAUAUUUUAAAAUUCUUAUUUUACAAGGGCUCAUUGCAGCAAGAAAACACCAUGGCAUGAUUAUCAAUUUGGUUGAAAUAAUGAGAUCAGGUUCUCAGCUUCCAUGUUUUAAGUCUGGAGCAGCAACUGUACAAAAUUUAAAGAAUCGUUUUCACAUGAGCAUGACCGAGGAGCAGCUGCAACUUGAGGUGAACCGAAUGGUGGAGGGCAGCAUAAACUCGUUGUCUACGAAAUUGUACGACGGUUUCCAAUAUUUCACCAACGGUAUCCUGUAAUAUAUUAUUCUGGCUGCUGCCUUUAUGUGUAUGUGAUUUUAAACUGUAAAUUUUUAUCAUAAUUAUAAUACCUAAUAAUAAAUACAUUUACCAAUGCUAAACAGACUGAGUUAGCAUGUUUAUAUAGUUUAGAUUUUUUACGGAUUGCGCGCGCGAUUAUAUUUGCGUUUUUUUUAUAAUAUUGUUGUAUGCUCAAAGUUUAAGUAACAUCAGUUACAUAUGAUAUAGAGAUUAAUAAUUUAUGUAAAUGAUAUUAAUUGUGCUACUUGCUUAUAAACAAUAGCUUAAAAUAAUGACAAACGUUUUAAAUGGUAGGUAGUAUAUUGUAUAAAAAAUCGAAGUAUGCCUUUUUUUGGAAAUUUUUAAAAAAUUUCGAAUCCUAUUCUUUAAAGUGUGUUGCCAUGUUGAUCAGUUAAUCAGUUUGUAUUAUUGCUUUUACGUGUGUAUAAAUUGAUAUUUAAUAGUUAAAUUUAACGUGUAUUAUAUUAUACCCGGUAUAUGUAAGUGUGGAGGUAAAUACUCAUCAGUCAUUUUUUCAUAAUAAAAAUACCCUUUGAGGCCAAAUAAGUGACGAAUUUUAUACAAAUUUAUUAUAUUCUAUUUAAAAAUAUUUAUUUUUAUGAUCAUAUUAUAGUCAUGGAAUUUAUACAAAUUUUAGUUAAACAUUCCAAACAUUUGUUGUUCAAGUCUUUAUGAUAAAUGGUUUAUUACACAAGUUUUAAAAAUAAUGUGUCGUCCAUUGAAAAAAAGGUUAUAACAAAUUAAGUAAUAUUUUAAAAAGGAGUCAAACUCAGAGUCGAAUUAAGUUUUAUUUUUAAUAAUGGUAUAGAAAAAUUUACAAAAUACCAGUCAAUAUAUUGUAGUUUGCAAUAAAACAUUUUUGCAAAAGAAACCAAAAAAAUAUUAAAAUUGUUAAAAAAAUAAAAUUGUAUUUGACCUCUUUUCAAGAUAUAGCUUGGUUUUGUUAAAUUUAGUUGAAAAUUUUAUGGAACAUAUGGAAUUUGCUUAAUAAAUAAAAAACCUAUGUUGAUUAUGAUCUGCAUUUAACUGUACAAAUAAAUUUUUAUGUAAUCAUAUUGUAAAUAAUAAUUAAUAUAUUCAAACAUCACUAGUUAAAUUUAGAUAAUUGACAGUUGUCCAUCCAUUUUAUAAUAUAAACGUAGUUGUAUAAUAAAAUAAUUUUGACUGAAUAUUAUAAAAAUGCAAAAAGACUGAUGUCAGCAGUAGGCUUUUUGCAAAAUAGUUAUUAAUGACUUUUAAUGUUUUUAUAUUAAUCAAAGCCUUUUAUUUGACACAUAAUGUGUAAUUAAAAAGUACAUCAAAAAGUUUUAUUAAGAGAUUUUGAAUAUACAAUUGUAUUUUAUUAAACUUAUAAAUUGUAUUGAAUGA